AUGGAGAAAUGCUCGUUCGAUAAGGUCGGUUCAUUAUGCUCCGACCAUUUCGACCACCAGGAUAUCGUCGUCGGACCACUCAUCGAGCGUCAUCCGGUUUACACCGUCCCACCCUAUCUUCAAGGACCGUUCAAUACUGCGAAGGAGCGCUGGCUCGCUGCCAUAGACAGUAGAGUCACCCUAGUUUUGUCACACAAACACUGCAGCUCCCAGACAGAAGUAAAGUACUAUCUUGCUUUGAAGGCUGCAAGGGAAUUGGUGCAGAACUGCCAAGAGCUAGAUGACACUGGUCCGUUCUAUAUCAAGCAUGAUGAUGAUAGAUUUGAUCGCAUCAAAGCAGGAGAAGAUGGUCAAGUCACGGGAAUACUUGAUUGGGAAUGGGCUUAUACAACGAACAAGGAGGAAGCUUUCGCCGCUCCAAGCGGCUUCGUGUCGGCUGAAUAUGUGAAAGGGAAUAAUGACUCGCUUUCACCUAGAGAGAUCGCCAUGAUCGACGCAUAUACCUUAAGAGAUCGACCUGAUCUUGCGGAUCAUGUGCGAAAAGGAAGAAAGUACCAUCGCUUAGUACACUCGCUCAAGAGCAGUGCUAUCAAUAUUAAAAGAUUUAACGCCUUGGAAAGAGCUUUCCUUGACCUUCCUGAUAGUUAUUUUGACCAGUCUCAGACUCUAGAUGAGUGGGUGGAGACCCUAAGGAGAAGUACAAGUACGAUGAGGGCUUGA